AUGGAUCUCCACUACAAGCUGCAGGCCGCCUGGGACCAUAUCAUAACAACCUACAAGCCAGGCACAAUCGAACUGACGGGCUCAAUUAUCACUCAAAUCGUCGGCUUCAUCAUCCCAGCAACGCUAUACAUGUUCAUCGACACUGUAUUUCCAAAAUUCUCCCAGCGCCACAAAAUCCAAGAUGCCCGCCGACAACCAACUCGCCAGCAAAUCCUGCACUGUGUCAAAGUGACUCUGUUCAACCACGUCUGGGUAGUAGCCCUCCAUGGCAUGCUGGUCUGGUUCGCUGGCCUGGACCACGCGACUCUGAAUCUAGAUCCAAUCGUGCCCCCUUGGACAGAGUUUAUCGUGGACUUCGCUUUCGGUCUCCUAGCAAGGGAAGUCUCGUUCUACUACAUCCACCGCGCUCUGCACCACCCGAGAAUCUAUGUCUAUAUCCACAAAAUGCACCACAAGUACAUCACGCCCGUGGCAUUCGCAGCCGAGUACGCACACCCGGUCGAGCAUAUCCUCGCAAACGUCCUACCGGUUUCACUGCCUUUAUAUCUAAAAGGUGCGCACUUCCUGUCUAUCAUGGGCUUUGUGACCUUUGAGCUAUGGGAGGCUGCGGCGGACCAUAGCGGGUAUGACCUUUUGAAAUUGCCGCCGGCCGAACUGCACGAUUUGCACCAUGAGAAAUUCCGCGUUAAUUAUGGGACUAUUGGGUUGAUGGACUGGAUUCAUGGGACGGAUGUUGUGGGGUGGGAUAGGCCGAAGGUGAAGAAGGCUGAAUGA